CUUUGUGUAACCUGCAAUUUCCUACUCUAUGCCAUGUUGCGUUUGUAAUUUGUAAUUACUACACUUGCUGUUCCAGCAAAUGUUGUUUUGCCAAACAAUUGGGGGAAUAAAAAAGGCGUAAAAUGAAAAAUGGAUGUCAUAGUCACACAAAAUUUCUUAACAAUUUGUCAAGCCGUAUCGGAAGAGUUCAGUAUCGUACACCGUGACACGAGAAUUUAGAUAAUAUCCCACAACUUUCCACAGUUAUGACAGUAAAUAUACUUGUAUACUUCUUAACCUACAUAUCAAAGAUAAAUUUCACCCAAUAAAAGAAAAUGAUCGUGCUCUUCAAAAAAAAUUGUCCUGGCAGGAAUCGAAUUUACGUUCUCCGGUACAUCAACAGGCCAGUUUGUGCACGUGAAAUGAAUGUUUGUGAAACUAACCGCGACACAACACUUCCGCAUUGAGAGGUUCAAACCUUGGGUCGCGGGGUGGUGUCACAAACAUUCAAGUUCACAAAGACACCCAGAUUCUGAAUAAGCAUCCGUGGAUCACAAAACCUCAUGUCCCACGUGGGGAUCGAACCCGCGAUGUCUCGCGAGUUCAGCGGGCUUGGCAGGGCUGGUGAUCUCAAUCAGUCGGCUGAUGUCGUAAAAAGUAAACUCUCAAAACCAAAGUCUUGCGGUCAUGUACGUGCCAACAAAUAUAGCAUUAGAAAAAGAAAUAACGAAAGACGAGUAGUAUUUUCUCAAAGCCUAAAGGUGCGGUCUCAAGGAGUCGCUUAUCGCCCCUCAGAUUUGUCGCUGCAAACGAGCGACAAGCGGCUCAGGAGGCUACACUUUAAAAAGAAAAACGAUCCAGAGUGAGUUGCGAGACAAGUCGGCAUAAAGUGGUGCAGCAACGGUCUCUAAAUUUAAUUCCCGUGAAUAAUGGCAUCGUUUCUUUUAUUUGUACCACUGCCACGGGUUACGAAUGAGGUAAGAAUAUUAGCAACACAAUGUUGCGCCCUGACCAGAUUUAUCGCUGCAAACGAGUGACGAGCGACUCAUGAGGCUGCAUCUUAAGUUAUUUCCAAAUGCAAAUCAAAAUGUAAAAUCUGUUGUGUAUUGCUCUCUGACUUAUAUAUAGUUAUCUGUGGUGUAUUGCUUGUCAGUUCUCAAAAGUAAACUUGGUGGAAUCUCAGAGCUUUAUAAAUUCACAAGUUGGUCGAGUCAAAAACUAUAACAUUUGUAUCUUGUGACUCUGGUUAUAGUGGUUAUCAUUACAAAAAAAGAGUUACAUGGAAACUUAUAAAGUGGAAAACUGGUAAAUAAUUCGGCUUUUACCGAAAUGGCUUGUGAGAACUUUAAAAAAUAUGCAACGGAGUAUGAUCCAAUAAAAAUAGGAUCAAUUGACGGUACAGACACGGAGCCACAUGAUCAUGCCAUUAUAAGAGCUCUGACGUCGGAAUACACACCAAACAAACUGGUAAUGGGCAACCCUCUUAACACAUUGUUUGUUGGUCGACUGAAUCCCAGGACUACUGAAGAGACACUACAGUCAGAAUUCAGGAAGUUUGGCAGAAUAUCUAACUGUCGCAUUGUGAAAGACAUUGUUACUGGGAAAUCUAAGCAAUAUGCAUUCAUUGAGUUUGAGAACUUGGGCUGUGUGGAUCGGGCCUUAAAGGAGAUGCUGAAGGAGUAUAUAGAUGGUGUAGAGGUAAUAGUAGAGCGAGAGGCAGAGCGCCGGCUGGCGGGCUGGCGGCCGCGGCGACUCGGCGGCGGGUUCGGGGGCCGGAGGGAGGCCGGCCAGCUGCGGUUUGGUUGUCAGGACAGACCCUUUAGGAGACCUAUUAUUGUUAUAGAACAAAAACGGGACAAUUUAUGAUGCACACAAUGAGCUACGUGUAUGUAAUGUUAUACAUAAUAUAGCAAGUAAAGUUAAGCAGUAGUUAUAGGAAAAAAAGCAUUACUGAAUGUAUUUUUUUAGUGAUCUAAUUGGUCAUGAGUGUCAAUCAGCAAUAAAAUAAACAUGAAAAGC